AUGGCCAAAAGACAGCUUGAAAAUGGGCACCCUGUAGAUAAAAGAGUCAAGAAGGUGGAAUUCAGUAAUAUAGACACCUUCGAGCCCGAAAAGGUGAGUGAUUCCGUUGAUGUCUCGGUGCCACUGUCUGAAGAAUCGGAAGAUGAAGAUGAAGAAAGCGAAGGAGAGGAUGAAAAUCCUGCAUCUAAGAAGAAUGAAGUCUUUCCCCAUGGAAAGCCAUCCAAGAAGCAAAGAAAGCAACUUUCAGCUCAAGAGAUUCAAGUAGCAAGAGAGACCGCAGAACUCUUCAAAUCUAAUAUCUUUAAGCUUCAAAUUGAUGAGUUAAUAAAGGAAGUCAAAUUGAAGGAAAGUCACGUGGCCAAGAUUGAAAAAGUAUUGCACAGACUUCACGAUUUGAUUUCUCAAGUACCCGCCACCAAUGAACCAUUAACUUUAGAACAAGCUGAAUCCAAAUUCGCCUCUAGUAAGAAGAAAGUUGCCAUUCCAUGGCCAGAACCAAAGCCCACCAAAGCAAACUACAAAUUUGCUUACUUGCCUCCUCAAGAUGUCCUGUUAGUAGGGUCUUUUGGAUUAAAGACAGGAAUUAACUCAAAUACAAAUAAUUACAAUAUGAACAGUAUUGAUAUUGCAUUAACAAUGCCUCUGGAAUUAUUUCAACCUAAAGAUUACCUUAAUUAUAGGGCAUUCUAUAAACGUUCUUUCUAUUUGGCUUGGCUCGUGGAACAUUUAAUUCCUUUACUGAAACGAAAUCAUCUACCAGUCAAAAUUCUGUACCAUUUCUUGAAUGGAGAUGUUCUAUGCCCAGUAUUAAAACUCGAAAGUAUACAUACCGAUAACGAAGAAGAUUUACACUUUCACAAGACAAAAUUCACAAUCAAUUUGGUUGUAGGUUUUCCAUUUGGGAUUUUCGAUGCUAAGAAAGUUUUACCUGAUAAAAAUUGUAUUAGAAUUGAUACAACAGAAAAGGGCGAACUCCCUGCUACACCAAUAUAUAAUUCGUCACUCCUUUCGUCUACAUCUUACGACUAUUACUUGAAGUUCUUGUACACACUGAAGAAAUCUGCGGAAGCGUUUAAGGAUGCUUGCAUACUUGGUAGACUCUGGCUCAUGCAAAGAGGCUUAUCAUCAUCUUUCAAUGACGGUGGAUUCGGACAUUUUGAGUUUGCUAUUCUUAUGUCUGCUUUGCUCCAAGGUGGAGGUGUCAAUGGAAAUAAGAUCUUAUUACACGGCUUCUCAUCUUAUCAACUUUUUAAAGGUACUAUCAAAUAUUUGGCCACGCAGGACUUAAACAGUGGGUACUUAAGCUUUUCAUCUCUAAUUGGUGAAAGUUCAAACAGCAAGUAUUCUUCAGAAGGGUUCAAUACUCCAACAAUUUUCGAUAAAAAUAUUAAAUUGAAUGUCUUGUGGAAAAUGACCCCUUCUCUGUACCAAUAUUUAAGACAAAAGGCUAUAGAGACCCUCGUAUUAUUAAACGAUGUAGUUAAAGAUAGAUUCGAUCCUAUUUUACUAUCCAAGUCUAAUAUUAACCAAUUAAAAUAUGAUUUAGUUGCAAGUUUGACGUUUCCUGAAGAGAUUGCUCAAUCCUUUGGAGCAAUUGAAAAAAUCAUGUUUAUUACAUUGGAAAGAUGGCUUAGGCAUAAGAUAUACUUGAUAUUGAAAACUGGGCUAGGAGAUAGAGUGCAUGGAAUUAACAUUAAAGUGGAAAAAGAGACUACGGCUUUUGGCAUAAAUAAGAGAAAGCCAAGUGCUAGCACCAACAAUAAGUUCAUUAUUGGGUUGACAUUGAACCCUGAAGAGUGUGAAAAGUUAGUAACCAAGGGCCCAAACCAAACAGAUACCGAAGAAGGCUCGAAAUUUAGAAGCUUUUGGGGUAAUAGGGCCUCUUUAAGAAGAUUUAAAGACGGUACUAUUCAGCACUGUGUGGUUUGGCAGCAAUCCAAUAAAAAGGGAGAGCCGAUUGUAUUAAGUAUCAUGAAGUAUGUCUUGGAUGCUAAAUUGUUGGAAGGGAUUUCUGAACAUUUGUAUAGUGAAAGUAGCUUGUUUAAUGGAUUAUUGCCAACUCCUUUGUCUGGUGGAAACAAUGGAUAUAACUUGUUGAGAAACUCCUUGGAUGGGUUUUCACGCGUAUUAUCCAACUUGGAUGGAGUACCACUUCAAAUUAAGUCACUUUCUCCAGGUGCUUCCCCUGCAUUACGUUACACAUCAUUAUUACAGCCUGUUCCAUUCGCAACUGCAUCACCUGAUUUUUGGAACGAGAUUAUCUUACAAUUUGAAUCAUCUACCAAAUGGCCCGAUGAAAUCAAUUCUUUGGAAAAGACUAAAAGUGCAAUGUUAUUAAAAUUUUGCGAGUUGCUCGAAGAUACUGUUUAUAAAGCAUUUAUUACUAAGGAUGACUUCAUCCCAUUCAAUUUCAAUGUUUGCUGCUUGAAUAUCUUGACUCCGGAAGGAUUUGGAUUCAAAAUGAGGAUAUUGACUGAAAGAGAUGAAAUAUUAUACUUGAGAGCAAUUGAGAACGCCACCCCUAAUGAGAAGGCAAUUGUUCAAGACACUUACUUAAGAUUCAACCAAAAAUAUAUUGGUAGUAUCAAGCACACUAGGACUAUUACAUCAUUAUCGCAUCAUUUCCAUUACUAUAGUUCUACCGUUAGAAUCUUCAAGCACUGGCUUGACAGCCAUUUAUUGUUAAAGCACAUGAAUGAUGAAUUGAUUGAGUUAAUCGCUUUGAAACCAUUUGUGGACCCUGCACCUUAUUCCAUUCCUCAUCUGACUGAAACAGGAUUUUUAUCCAUUUUAAACUUCUUGUCUACUUGGAAUUGGAAAGAGGAUCCUGUGAUCUUAGAUCUUGUGAAGAGUCAAACUACGAUAGAUGAAUUGACUCCUGAGGAAGAAUUAAAACAAGCCAAUAAAUUAACAGAUAGAUUAACCAUUCCAGCAUAUAGAAUUAUUGAGCUGAACUUCCAAAAGAUACGUAAAGUUGAUCCAAAUGGGAUUAAGACUCAAUUAUUCAUUGGACUGAAAGAUGACCCAUCAGGAAUUUUGUGGAGUAAUGAAUUAACUUUACCAAUUGCAAGCAGAUUGACUGCAUUGGCCAGAUUGUCCAUCACUUUAAUUAAACAGCAACAACAGCUGCAAUCCGAAAUCGACGAAUCGACAAUUUCAUUAAUUUUCACUCCAGCAUUGAAAGACUACGACUUUACUAUCAAGGUAAAGACCAACUCGUUGACCUCUCUGUCUGGGAUCUUGCCUGCAAACAAGUUCAAAAAUCUUAUAGGAACAGAAUCAAGUUUCCCAGAUGACAUAUGCGGCUCAUAUGAUUUAGUCCAAGAAUUUUACAAAGAGUUGAGUAAAAUGUUUGGAAACAUUAUUAUAUUUUCAACAAAGAAGUUCACAGGGUUACUGUCCGAUGGCGCUCUGAACGUAAUUGCUGGUUUGUUUGUUCCAGCAACUAACACUAAAAAGAAAUUCAGAGUUGGAUUAGGCUUAAACGUUAAGCCGAUUGACAAAGAAGAAUGUAUUAUUAAUAAGGAAGCUAUAUUCAAUCAAAUUAACCUUCUAGGCGGAGACUUAGUUCAGUCGAUUAAGCAUAGAAAAUAG